CCUCUUCUUCCUGCUGUAUCCAAUAUAGCUCUUGAUCCUCUCCUCUGCUCCCUCUGAUCUCCUCCUUGCCUCUCAUCCCUACCUCUUGGCCCUCUCUUGCGAGAAUCGCCCGAAUCCAUCUCGACAGAUUUGCGACCCGCACUCGGCGGACUGUCGGCGCCGUUGGUUGAGUUUAGUCUGGCUUGUGAAUAAUUGUUUCGACAGCUGUCGGUUCGACUUUGCCGCUCUUUUGCAGCAUAUCUAGUCGAAGCGGCGCACCAAAUCGCUUCAAUUCAUUCAUUAAUUCUCGCCCUUUGGCGGUCUCUCUUGUCUGUGCAAUAGGAACCUCCGGCGCAUGAGCAAUUAACUUGACUCUUUGCCAUUCGCAUCUCCAAUCGCAUUGUCGUCCCUUGACCUUUCCUGCUGAUCCCGUUAACAUUGCCUUACUCCUUGCUACUCGCCCAACAUGCAUAUCAAGGAUUUGGUCUCCGAGACGGAGAAGACGAAGGCCCCGUCCUUCUCCUUCGAGUACUUCCCACCCAAGACCGCUCAGGGUGUUCAGAAUCUGUACGAUCGCAUGGACCGCAUGGACAGCUUUGGACCCAAGUUCAUCGACAUCACAUGGGGAGCCGGUGGCAAUAUUGCAGAGCUGACCUGUGAGAUGGUUGUUCAGGCUCAGGCCGUCUACGGCCUUGAGACCUGCAUGCACCUUACAUGCACUGACAUGGGACUCGACAAGGUCAAUGAUGCCCUGCAGAAGGCGUACAAGGCAGGAUGCACCAACAUUCUUGCCCUUCGUGGCGACCCUCCCCGUGACCAGGAGUCGUGGACUGCUGCAGAUGGAAACUUCCGGUACGCUCGCGAUCUGGUCAAGCACAUUCGUGACACAUAUGGCGACCACUUUGACAUUGGUGUUGCUGGCUAUCCUGAGGGCUGCGACGACAACAAGGACGAAGAAUCGCUGCUUGACCAUCUCAAGGAGAAAGUAGACAUGGGAGCUGGUUUUAUCGUCACUCAAAUGUUCUACGAUGCUGACAACUUUAUCCGAUGGGUUGGCAAGGUCCGCGAACGAGGUAUCACCGUUCCCAUCUUGCCUGGAAUCAUGCCCAUUGCCACCUAUGCCAGUUUCCUUCGUCGUGCCAAACACAUGCAGUGCAGAGUCCCUCCAGAGUGGAUGACCUUGCUCGAGCCAGUCAAGAAUGACGAUGUGGCCGUGCGUGAAAUUGGUAAGACUUUGGUUGCCGAAUUGUGCAGGAAGCUCCUUGCCAAUGGCAUUCACCAUCUUCAUUUCUACACCAUGAACCUUGCUCAGGCCACUCGCAUGGUCCUCGAUGAGCUUAACUGGACCCCUUCGCCCGAAAAUCCCCUCAAACAGGCCCUUCCCUGGAAGCAGUCUAAAGGCUUUGGCCGACGCGACGAGGACGUGCGUCCCAUUUUCUGGCGCAACCGUAAUAAGUCCUAUGUUCUUCGUACCCAGGACUGGGACGAGUUCCCCAACGGUCGAUGGGGUGAUUCUCGCUCUCCGGCUUUCGGAGAGCUCGAUGCCUACGGCAUUGGCUUGACUGGUACCAACGAGCAAAACCGCAAGAAAUGGGGCGAGCCCACGUCGCUCCAGGACAUUGCCAAUACAUUUGUCAAGUACCUUGAGAAGAAGAUCGAAACUCUGCCUUGGAGCGAGUCAGCCCUUGCCGCCGAAGCUGAUCCCAUCAAGGAUGACCUUGUGGCUCUCAACAAGCGAGGUCUUCUCACCAUCAACUCGCAACCUGCAGUUGAUGGUGCCAAGUCCAACCACCCUGUUCACGGCUGGGGACCUUCAAACGGCUACGUCUACCAAAAGGCUUACUUGGAGUUGCUGAUGCCACCUUACCUCUUGGAGGAGAUGAUUAGCCGCCUUGACGACUUCCCUAAUCUGACCUACUAUGCUGUUACCAAGGAUGGUGGGCUCAAGUCCAAUGCCCCUUCAGACGCCCCCAAUGCCGUCACCUGGGGAGUCUUCCCAGGCAAGGAGAUUGUGCAGCCCACCAUUGUUGAGUCCGUCAGCUUUCUGGCCUGGAGAGAUGAGGCCUUCCGACUGGGUAUCGACUGGGCCAAGUGCUAUGAUGCCGACUCUCCUAGCCGUGCGCUAAUUGAGGGAAUCAUGAAUGGAUGGUAUCUCGUUAACAUUGUGAACAAUGAUUUCCGUGAAAACAGCACCAUUUUCGGAUUCCUCGAAGGGCUUGAGGUCAAGGAUCUCGCCGUCCCCGUCGCUGGCACAGCUUAAUUCGGCUUGACAUAGUUCUCCAAGGGGUUGAAAGCCUUGCGGAUUGGACAAUCCGCAAUUUUGGGUAUUGCUUUCUCUUUCCCGACUAUGACUUUAAUUACCCUCCCUAUUCUUCUUCCUUUUCCAUUCAUAGUUUAUUUCUUCGUUUUGUUUUUGGCACAGAUGACAAAAAGCGGCUUUUUUUUUUGCACAGAGGCGGAGUCGGUGUCUUUUUCAACAAAAAGCUACACCGGCGGCAAAAUCAUGACAACGGGGUUCUAUUUUUACCCGGGGCGGUGGGCGCAACGGGACGGAACGAAACAUCUGGGUUAAAUGGUCGAAUUUCGAUCCAUUGGGCAUUUGCUGGUUUCACGACACACAAAGGUGAAAGAAAAAAGAAAAAAUUGGGCACAGAAAUUGGCAUGGAGCCCCGGUUCUACUUUGGAAUUGCAUAUAUUAUAUCUCAACGAUACCCCCGCCUGCGGACAUGUUUAUUUGGUUUUUUUUAUGGUUUUAUGAGUAGUAGAGAUAGAGACUGGCAUGAGAGGAGAGGAGUGUUGGGGAAGCAGAGGCAGAGAGAGAGAGGAGCAUUAGAGAAAUUGGGAUGAUGGCGAAAAGAAAAUCAUGUGUGGAGUGGCAUGAUAGGAUAUACAUGCUAGCAUGUAUAUCUAUAUAAGUAUGUACUAUAAUUAUGAGUAUAUACCUAUAUACUACCUAUAUCCUAAUCCU